CCACGUAUUUUCAGCAUCUCUUUCUACUCCCCAACUCAUCAGAGGAGCUAAACUCCCGUGGAAUCUUUCAUUUUGGAGUUCCUCGACUGCCGCACUUUUUUCCGCAGGAGUGGUUUUUAUACUUUGAACUUACUCUUCUUCCCCUAGGUGACCAUGGCCGUACCGGCUGCUUUGAUCCAGCCAAUCCCUCUGGUCCAGACGCCUUCGAUCUCCACUCCUUCCGCGACCACGUCCCCACCGUCAACAACUUCUUCCCCGUCUCCCUCCGUGGGCCCAUCCGGCCAGAACCUGUUCCGCUCGGAGCUCCUCGCCAACAGUAGCCCCGGCAUCUCGACCCCGACCGGGACUCUGCCCAGCAAGCCAGUCUACUCGACCCCGUCGCCUGUUGAAAACACCCCGCAGAACAACGAGUGUAAAAUGGUGGAGUUGAGGGGGGCGAAGGUGGCGUCUUUCACGGUGGACGGCUGCGAACUCAUCUGCCUGCCCCAGGCGUUCGAUCUGUUUCUGAAGCACCUUGUCGGAGGACUGCACACCGUGUACACCAAGCUGAAGAGACUGGAGAUCACGCCGGUGGUGUGCAAUGUGGAGCAGGUCCGCAUCCUGCGAGGUCUAGGGGCCAUCCAGCCAGGAGUCAAUCGCUGCAAACUCAUCUCCAGAAAAGACUUCGAGACUUUGUACAAUGACUGCACCAAUGCCAGCUCCAGACCGGGCAGACCUCCCAAGAGGACCCAGAGUGUGACGUCAUCAGAGAACCCGCACAUCAUGCCUCACUCUGUCCCUGGCCUCAUGUCCCCUGGAACCUUCCCAUCCUCAGGGCUGACAGCGGCAGCGGCGGCAGCUGCCAACGCGGCCAUCGCCGAAGCCAUGAAGGUGAAGAAGAUCAAGCUGGAGGUGAUGAGCGGCUACCACGGCAACGCCAACCAGCAUGGGGCAGACGGUGAGAACGGAGACGUCAGCUCCAGUGUGGGUUUGGAACUGCCCUUCAUGAUGAUGCCCCACCCCCUGAUCCCGUGCAGCUUGCCCCCUGCCUCUGUCACCAUGGCAAUGAGCCAGAUGAACCACCUCAACACCAUCGCCAACAUGGCCGCCGUCGCACAGCAACAGAGCCUGCCCUGCAGAAUGGUCACCUCAGUCAUCAAGGAGCGUGUCCCAGACAGUCCCUCCCCCACCCCUUCCUUAGAGGACGGCAGGAGGCCCGGCAGCCACCCGUCGUCCCACCGCAGCAGCAGUGUCUCCAGCUCACCGGCCCACACAGAGAGCUCCUCAGACAGGAUACCCAUACAUCAGAAUGGUCUUUCUAUGAACCAAAUGAACCAAGCUCUGCUGGGCCUCUCCCCUAGCAUUCUGCCUGGGCCUAAAGAAGGCGACCUGGCCCACGACAUGAGUCACGAAGCAAAGAGGAUGCACGUUCACAAAGACGACAAUCCAAUGUGCACCCCGACUGCGAGAGACAGCUACGAGAGGCUGUCGUUGACUGGACAGGGUCUACCACCUGGCUUCCCUUCGCCAUUCCUGUUUCCAGACGGCCUGUCAUCAAUAGAGACUCUUCUCACUAACAUACAGGGCCUGCUGAAGGUUGCGAUUGACAACGCGCGGGCCCAGGAGAAGCAGGUGCAGCUGGAGAAGACGGAGCUAAAGAUGGAGCUGUUCAGGGAAAGAGAGCUCCGGGAGACCCUGGAGAAACAGCUCGCUAUCGAACAGAAGAACAGAGCAAUAAUCCAGAAGCGCUUGAAGAAGGAGAAGAAGGCAAAGAGGAAACUUCAGGAGGCUCUGGAGUACGAGUCCAAGAGGAGGGAGCAGGCUGAGCAGUCCCUCAAACAGCCCUCGCCCUCAGAAGGCCUGCGCUCACUCAAUGACUCACUGACCCCAGAGACGGAGAGUGACCGCAGUGCUGGAAGAACAGAUGCUGAGAGGACAAUACAAGAUGGAAGACUGUUCUUGAAAACCGCAGUGAUGUACUGAUAAGAAGAUGACGAGGAGAGCUGAAGGGGGAAACAAUCCCAUGAAGAUACUCAAGAGCCCUUAUCCAGGCAGAUUUAGUAGCAGAAAACAAGUUUCGCUAUGUUUACUGUAGCAGUCAAUGGAAGUGUGUUUGGCCAAGCGCCGGAGAAGGGUUGUGUCUGAAUGUAGAAUUAGAACACUUUUUCUUACAGAUAUCAACAUAAUAUAGUAGCUGAAGCAGGUUUGGAUGCAUUGAGGUGGGUCGUUUUCUAAGUAUAAACACAUUUUUAGCACAGUAAAAAAUUACCAAGGGGUACACUGUUGGUAAUGUCUCAGAUAAAUUCACAGCACUGACGAUUUUUUAUACUGUAUUUCAACCAGCGAGAAAGCUUUGAACAUGGUCAGACUCAGAGUUUUUUUUUUGUAUUUCAAGUUUAAUUCCAAAAUAUAAAGCUUGGAAAGAACAUGUGACAAAAUAUAUAAUUUAUCCGUAUGUUGAUCAAAAGAGACGACUGAGAUUUGAUUUGAAUGUUUUCUAAAUUAUAAGAAAAUACAAUCAAGUAUCCUUUUUACUAUUGUUGUAUAUACCAGAACUGACGAUAAUGAUAGGAUAGCUCACUCUAUCAAUAUGGUAUAUGUAUAAAGUUAAGAGGUGGUAUUGGGUAUGCAGUAGAUCUAUUAGGAAGACAAUACCGACAUUUAUAUGAAUUUAUAGUUUGUUUUUGUUUUGUUUCUGAGCCACCAUUCUUUCAAAUACCUGCCAUUUUGGUGAGAAAGCAUGCAGGCAUGUAAAUGUUUGUCCUGGAAUUAUGAUAUUUAAAUCCUAUAUUGUGCUGAACAAAUUUGUAGGGUUGAUUCACUUAAGCCCAACUGUUUUCGAAAAUGUACACCUCAAACAUUUUGCCUUCCAAUAACUUUUGCUGUCAAUAGUAACCCUUUGCAACAGGUAAUACUGUUUUUUAUAUGGACACUUUUUAAAAGAUAGUUUCCCAGACACCUUUGUUCCUAAUGUGUGGCUAUUAACUUGUUACAUGGACUGUUGGUAAUCACAUAUUAUCACUUGGUAACGAAUCUCCUCUUUCAAGACAAUUUAUUCAGAAGUCACAUACAGAUAUAGGAUCUUAAUUUGACCAGUUUCCCACAGCAGGAAAAUAAUACUGCAGAUAAAGGAAAUGUGAAUUAUUAUGUUGAUUAUAAUGAAUUGACAUUUUUGUAUGGGGUUGAUACAUUUUUGGUUUGUGCAAAUCAAGUCCAACAUUUUAAAGUUUUAAACUAUUUCAUGCCGUGCAGGACAUUUAGUGCAACAACAGGGUGAUCAAAUUAAGAUCCUACAUGUGUACAGACAAUGGACCAGAUAGAAUGACUAUCGGAAACAAUUAACCGACCCUCUCCGUUGUAGAAUAUUGGUUUGAUAACUCAAGCAAAGUUCCCUCACAAAAUCAGUGAUGUACAGUAUGUUAAUGCAAUCAUGAUGCAGCAAAAAGAAGACAUUUUACUUUAUGGAGAGAUGUGCUUCAUUUGUAUUCAAGCUGAAGGUUCAAUAGUUUUGCACAUCAGGUGAGUCAACUCUUAUGCAGUAUGUAAAAGUUAAUUCCCGAGACAGGAGCUGAUUUCUGUCAUGUACUGUAACAGGAACAGGCUAUGUGUUUGAAAAAAUGUAAGGAAAAGAGUGUCUGUCCCCAUGUUCACACUUUAUUUUACUUUGAAAGUUUGUUGCGAUGUUUAUUGUUGACCUGUCGCUAGUAACUUACAUAUAGCUACGCAUAGCACACUUCAUUGUACUUCAACUUUAAAUAAACU